GAAUUCCUUGAUCUGUUCGAUGGAGAUGGCGACGGCCGGGUUUCACUGGAUGAGUACGAACGCGCCCUCGGUCUGAAGGACGUACCACCGACCACGAAAAGUCAGUGGGAGGAGACAUUCCACGAGAUGGAUGCCGACCACUCGGGUCAACUGACUGCCCAGGAAGUCUACCAGGGACUGCUGAAGAGUGGCGUCGGUUGCAAACUGGAGGAAAUCGAGGCCCUGAUCGCUGAGGUGGACGAGGACGGCAGUAAAACUCUGUGUUUAAGAGAAUUCCUUAACUUAAUGCGAAUGCAGGAUUAA